CCGGGCUGCGGGCGGGCGGGAGCCGCGGGAAGCGGCCGAGGCCGCGCUGCGCUUGGCAGACGCUCGGGGUCUCGGAGACGCCGGUUGGUGUGAGCGGCUCCGGCACAGCUGCCCCAGCGCCCGGGCUCGCCCCCAGGGAGCCGGCGAGGGGCCUGGCGGGCAGCGAGUGGCAGCAGAACCGGGACACCGGGGUGUCUGAGCUGAAACGGGAGGUGAGGUGCGGUGCGAAGUGCCCUGUUGGCGAGGGCGGCAUCUGAAGGCUCCUGGCUGAGUGUUCCCUAAGGGACGGGAGAGACGGUGCCUUCCAAAUUGCCUCCCGGCAGCUCGGAGCAUGAAACAGCUCGCAGGAUGUGAGACGUUGGAUGGAGCUGCCAGGCCUGGGGUGGGUUGGAUGGAGAGUCUAAACAUCUUCCUGGUGUCUCUCUGAAAUACUUCUUGUUUCUCCACGUGCUUCUCCUGAUGGAAGGACCAGCCAGGCUUCCUGUCCUGCCCUUGGUCCUGAAUAGUUGCUUGGAGGGAAGGUGAAUGAGGGGAGACACACUCAGUGAUGGUUCAGAGGUGGGAGCUGCCCCAGCUGUCGCUGCUGCUGCCUUGGGAAAAUGCCUUGACAGGGAAUUAACACCCUUCAGUGAUGGGCUGUGGGACAAGCAAAGUGCUUCCCGAGCCCCCCAAAGACGUGCAGCUCGACCUGGUUAAGAAAGUGGAACCUUACCUGGGCCACGAUGACAUCUACAAGCACUUCAUCAAAGGGGACUGCGGGGCCAUCAUCAAAGCCGGCUCCCCCUCUCCCCCACGCCAGGCUCAGCCCUACCCCGGCCACCCCGUCCCUUCCCCAGGCGAGCAGCCCGAGCCCCGCAGGAACAGGGUGGCCAAAUACCGCGCCAAGUUCGACCCCAGGGUGACGGCCAAGUACGACAUCAAAGCCCUGAUCGGGAGAGGGAGCUUCAGCCGCGUGGUGCGCGUGGAGCACAAGGCCACCAAGCAGCCUUACGCCAUCAAGAUGAUCGAGACCAAGUACCGCGAGGGCAGGGAGGUGUGCGAGUCGGAGCUGAGCGUGCUGCGCCGCGUGCGCCACACCAACAUCAUCCAGCUCAUCGAGGUCUUCGAGACCCAGGACCGUGUGUACAUGGUGAUGGAGCUGGCGACCGGCGGCGAGCUCUUCGACCGCAUCAUCGCCAAGGGCUCCUUCACCGAGAGGGACGCCACGCGCGUGCUGCAGAUGGUGCUGGAUGGUGUCAGGUACCUGCACACCCUGGGCAUCACCCACCGUGACUUGAAACCAGAGAACCUGCUCUACUACCACCCUGGCACCGACUCCAAGAUCAUGAUCACGGACUUUGGGCUGGCCAGCGCGCGCAAGAAAGGCGACGACUGCCUGAUGAAAACCACCUGCGGCACCCCCGAGUACAUCGCGCCCGAGAUCCUGGUGCGAAAGCCCUACACCAACUCUGUGGACAUGUGGGCGCUGGGGGUGAUCUCCUACAUCCUCCUGAGUGGCACCAUGCCCUUUGAGGAUGACAACCGGACCCGCCUGUACCGCCAGAUCCUCAAGGGCAAGUACAGUUACUCAGGAGAGCCCUGGCCCAGCGUGUCCAACCUGGCCAAGGAUUUCAUCGACCGCCUGCUCACCGUGGACCCCAGUGACCGGAUGACGGCUCUGCAGGCCCUGAAGCACCCGUGGGUGGUCAGCAUGGCGGCCUCCUCCUCCAUGAAGAACCUGCACCGCUCCAUCUCCCAGAACCUCCUCAAACGAGCGUCCUCCCGCUGCCAGAGCACCAAAUCUGCUCAGUCCACCCGCUCCAGCCGCUCCACCAAGUCCACCAAGUCCCGGCGGGUGCGGGAGCGGGAGCUGCGGGAGCUCAACCUGCGCUACCAGCAGCAGUACACGGGCUGAGGCGGGCGCAGGCCGCACCUCGGGGCCUCUGGCCGGGCACCUCCUCGCCCUGGGGCUUCCCUGGGCCUUGAGCUCGCUCAGGGAGCAGCAUCUGGGUUGCUCCCUCCCUCCCUGCCGAGCAGAGGAAGGGGCACCUCGUGGCAGCCACCCCACGGUGCCGCGGGAGGCUCGGAGCCUCGACUGACACACGAAUUGAGGAGCCAGGUGGGGAGAAGAGCUCUGUCUGCAGCCCAGGAGCUUGGUUGUCUAUAGUUAUUUAUUGAUUGCCAGAGCAUUAAGUGCCUCUCGAUUGCAUAUGAAGGAGAGAGAAGGGCUUUGUGUGGAGGUGAGGGCACAGAUGUGCCUGCAGCCACACCUGGGGCUGUGCGUGUUCCACACUUGGAGCUGGGUUUAGUCACACUCUGUGGUGCCUUUGCAGCCAGGCUGCUGUGAGUCACAUGCAGUUAGAAGCAGGAUGGCUCUGACUCACCAGCCCUGCUGCCCAGCAGCUCCUCACCAAAGAGGUGCCAGGCUGGGGAGCUGGGAGCCUUCCCCCGAGGGCCACAGCCUGCUCCUGACACCAAGGCUUUGCUCAGGCUGUGGCAGCCAGGCCACAGGGCUGAUGUGUGGUGAGCUCAGCUGCAGGCUGAGGCCUUGGAUCCCUUCUGGGGGGUAAAGGGCUCCUGAUGGAGUGGGGUGGGAAGAGGCUCAUCAUGCAGGAGCUUCAUGGUGCAGAGAGAUAUCUGUGGCAAGGCAGGUUUUUGGGGUGUUCCUCGCUGUCCCCCUUGAAUUCCCCUCCUGCUGUUUGCAGCCAGCCCAGUGACCACCCUGCAGGCUUUUGUUUCUCUUGGUGUGGCCCUGUCCUGGCUGUGGACACAUCUUACACCCUUCAGAUGGGUGUUGGGGCCCAUGUCACUUCACCAGAACGUGGGUGAUUCCAGGUUUUACUCCCUGUGUGCAGAUUUGAUGGGGGUCCCCUGCUUUGCCUGCCUGUUCUGCCUGCCCUUGUGCUGCUGUCCCUGCUCUGGGACAGUGAUCUGAUGGUGGGAGCCAUUGGGGUGGCCACAAAUGGAUACAUCAGGGUAGAGGUUUGAGUGGUGAAAGUCCAGUCCUGGAGUGUUGGCAGUGACAGUUCCCUGGAGACAUUGCAGAAGAGCCUUAGAGCUCCAGGGUGUGCCUUAAAUCCAACAGGACAAAGCUACUUUGGGGGUUUCCUUGUCCUGGAUGUGAAGGACCUCUUGGGGAAGGUGGGUGCUGCAGAACUGUUUUGUGCAAGCCUGCUGAGAUAUCUUCCCAACUAGUCAGAGCAGCACAGCAGGGCUGUUGGCCCAGUCUUGAGGUGGCUUUGGGUUCUUGUGACAGCAAAGACCAGAGCUGCAGUGAAUGCUGGAGUUUGCAACUUGUCACAUGGAGCCACGUUGUUUGCUUCAUGCUGUGCAUUUGAGAAGAGCUUGCUUAGCUCUGGGCUGGAGAUAGAGGCUGUGCAAGCUCAAGGAGCUGGGGAGCAUGGCCUUUCCACUCAGGACUGAGGUCUGUACCACUGUGUUUUAGUGUCAGCAAGGUUUUAGGUGGUCAGGAAGCUUCAGGGAGCUCAAACCCUACUGACCUCUUGGUCAGCAAAGAGCAAAUCAGCCCAGCUUCAGUGGCAGCUUUGAGAAAACUCAAGUUUCACGAGUCUCCUCAAGGAGCUUUGAGAAAGUAUCUUGAGAAUCAAGACUGGUAAGGAAAAAGAAGGGUGUACUUCCCCCCCCCAGGAGCUGGGAUGGGCCAUGGCCACUGUGAGCACAGCCUGGUGUGCUGGGGAGCAGAGCUGAGGAGAGGCAGCAUGAGUAGCAGGGCUGGAUUCUAAAGCCUUUCCAAAGCUUUUGCAUAUGGUUUUGAAAACUGUGGACCCUUUGCAGGCUGCCCUUUCUCUGAGUGGCUGUUCUGCCACCUCACAUGCCAUCUGUCUGCCAGCACCAGCACCACAUACCACAGAAUUCCCCAAAUUUGGGGUUCUCAGCUCUGUGGACUGCAAAAACCCCCAAAGUUUCUUCAGCUUCUUUCACCUUCUCAUGUCAUUUUCUCUGCUUUGUUCCCAAGAACCAUAAACUAGAUGUGAUUUCUGACAAAACUGUGCUUGACAAGCAGUUCAGUGCCCCUCAUGUCACUGCAAACAGCUCUCUGAGAGCAGCAGCCUCUCCAGGGCAAGGAUCCAGGACAAUUGCUCUUGGCCUGCACGUUGAGAGGUGGCAGGAUGCUCUCAGAGAGCUUCUGGGUUUGAAUAAGAGUCUUCUGCAUGUUGGGAGCAUCACACCCAGGCACUGUGAUCUCUGUAUCUCCUCUGGGUGCUGUCUCUCUGGGUGCUUUCAUGGCUUUCUCUAGAUUCUCCUGCAUCUUUAUCCUUAAAGCAGGUGUUUUGCCUGUGUGAGGAGGUCAAAAUGAUGAAUUGAGCCAAGAAUUGAGGGCCCAUUCCCUUUCACCACAUCAAAGAGCCCAGACAUGGUGCAGGUGUCCAACCACACUGCUUCUUCCUGCUUUGUCUCCUCAUGGGGGAUCAAUGAAGGUUGAAAGGAGGUCAGGAUGUUGAGCUCUGCCUUGACCAAGCUUGUUUCUCCACAAAGCAGAACAAGAAUCAGUGUUUUGCUUUACUGCCCUUCCCAGCAGUUGGGUUUCCACCAGAAAAGGUUCCAAGGGAUGCCACUGGUGGGGAGUUAGAGGUGGAAUCUGUGUUUUGGGAGCAGAGGUGUUGCUCUGCAGGCCCUUGGCACUGUCAGUUCUCUGUGCUGUGACCAAGGAGGUGAAAUGGCAGAAGGGAGGAUCCUUCACAUCCAUCAGCAAUACCAGAUGGCUGCAACCUGCCUCUUUGGGUACAGAGAGGCUGGUGGCUCUGGGCAUCCCACUGCUUGCACCAAGCAGGACUGAGUCUGUCUCAUGAGAAACACUUGGCUUUUCUAGAGGAGGAGCUCAAGUUCUCUUUGUGAAUGCAACACUUGCUUGUUAGCAUGGAAAAAAUCAAUGUAAACAUGGGGGGAAAAUCAUGGGUGGGCUUUUCCUUCUGUCACUGGAUGAUAACACCCUGGACUCUAUCCCUCCUCUUCUCACUGGGAUUUGCAGGAACUCUUCCCCAGUGCCCUGUGUGUGCAGAGGGGACCCCAGCAGAGCUCUGUCCCUGUGCAGCCUCUGUCACCUUCCAGUUUCCACUCUUGUCUGGGGAGGUGGGAUGGCCCAAAUGCUCUGUAUCCAGGCCCAGCUUAAGGUGCUUUUAUGCUGGCAGUUGUGGCUCGUUUUCAGCUGGCUCUGGUGGGGGGAGGGACAGGCAAAGUGCUGUGAUUUCUGAGCCAUAGUUCAGGUGCCUUCAGUCUGUCCUCUGAAAAGCUUUUCACUGUGAAUGAUGUCAGUCAUCUCUCUGGAUAUAUUCCACAGGAGCAUCUCAGUGCUCAGUUUAGCUGAGCUCUCAGGAGUUUACACUAGCCAGGAGUGCCUUGUUUGGGGAUUUUAGAAGCUAAAAUCUCUCAGAAAUGCCUUGGCUGUAUUUUGUUUUUCUCUUGCUUUUCCAUUUGAUUAUUUAAAUCUCCUCCUUUGCCUCUUAACAGUGGCUCAGAAUUGUGCUGUCCGGGGGGUUUGGAAGGCUUCUGGUGCUGACUGAGCCGGGAGGAGGUUGGGUCCAAGCACACCGUUGCUGAGCUGCAGCCUUCCCUGUUCGCUGGGCUACAGACCUCUUUUGUUUUCGCUCCUUUUUUUUGUUCCCACGCUGAAAAUGAAGCCGGCAAUGACACCUAGUGGCAAAUGGUGAUGUGUCCUAUCCCAAGCACAGCCCUGGGCUGGCUGUGCAGGGCAGUGGGCUGGGAGCACAGCUGCAGACCUGGAUGAGCACUCCCUGACAGGAGGCUGCAGGGAGCUGGGGGUCAGGCUCUGCUCCAGAGUGACAGGUCCAGAGGCAAUGGGCUCAGGUUGCCCCAGGGGAGGUUGAGGUUGGAGCUGAGGCAGAACUGUUUCCCUGAGAGGGGUGUGAGCCCCUGUGCCAGGCUGCCCAGGGAGCUGGGGCAGUGCCCAGCCCUGGAGGGAUCCCAAAGCCGUGGGGCUGAGGUGCUGAGGGCUGUGGGUCAGUGCUGAGCUGGGACUGCAGCAGCUUCAAGGGCUUUCCCAGCCCAAACCAUUCUGUGACCCCACGUCUCAGCAGCCUUCUCAGGGCAGCACUUGUUUCUCCUCUGCCAGUCCCAAAGAGCAGCAGUUGAGCUCACACAGGGCUGAGCCUGAGCCCACAUGGGCCCACUGGAAGAGAUGGUGAGUGCUGGGGAAAGGCAAAUCAGCCCCCAAAGUCUCCAGGAGAUGCUCACCAACACUCUGCCUCAGGGAGGAGCCUCAGGACACGAGGACAAAGCAAAACCUAAAGAUGCUGAGCCUGGAAUCAGCAGGUUUGGGAUGUCUCCCCUCAGCAGACGUGCUGGAGCAGCUCAGGGUGCAGCUUCCCAGCCUGUUCUGUGUCAGGGAAGUGCAGCUUGAAGGAGGACAGGCACUGAUGCUUGGUUGUCUCUCAGAACCUGGCAGUACUGGCUAAACCAAUCCCAUCUUUUUAUCCUGGCUGCUGUCUUGGGGGAGAGAGUUUCAGCCUCAGAGAACAUGGCCUGGGGUGAUUCCUUGGUGGUUUGUUGGAAAGGAACAUGCAAAGGUCUUCCAGCAACAACACUGGGUGCUCUACAGACCUGCCCCCAAGGCUUUGAGUACAUGCUGUGUUUUUGGCUGCAUUUCACUAAACCAGCAAUUACUUGCCCAUGUUUGAGUGGCUCCUCACCCUUCUCAAGCUGCUAAAAACCAACAUGUGGCUGCAGAAACCACCCCCUGCCCUGUCCUUCAGCUCAGAAGGAGUCUGUGCUGUUUGGCACCGAGGCUGUGACAGCACCCACGUGCCCCUGGGCCACCUGCCCCUUGCCAGCACAGCUCUGGAGGUGAGGUGCUUGUCCCUCAGGCCCUGUCAGCCCUGUGCUGGGAGCAAGCCCAGGCAGAGGGCCCCAGCCUGCUGCCUUCAGUGGUGAUGUGGGAUCCAGCUGCAGCGUGGAGCCUGUGUUACAGGUCUGGUUUGGAAGUGAUAAACCCUCAACCUCUCCACUUUGGAAUUUGGGUGUUUUUCUUCUUUGAGGUCAGAUCUUCUGUGCUCUCACUGACUGACAUUCUCUCUUAUGCUCUGCUCCAUUUCUCAGGCCCUUUUCCUACCCUCCUGCCUGGCUGAAGUACAAAUACAGGCAACUGUAGUGCCCAAACUGGAGUAGGGAUUGUGAUUCACUCAGCUACUGGGAUGCAGCCUCUGGCUUUGGCUCUGCAAGAUGGGAACACCACCCAUCCAGUGCCUUGCAGUGGGAGAAAGCUCCCUCCAAGGGCCUUGCAGCACAGGCUCAGCUCAAGGAGACCUUGUAUGACAUAGGAGGAGCAGUGUGUGGCUGUCCCAGGCCUUUCCUUAGGCUGCCUGGGGCCAUAAGCCUGGUUUAAGUGAUGUGGGGGCACAGACCUGAUUUAAGUGAUGUGGGGACACAGGUCUGGUUUAAGGGAUUUGAGGCCAUAAGCCUGGUUUAACUGAUGUGAGACCACAGACCUGGUUUAAGUGAUGUGGGGCCAUAAGCCUGGUUUAAGUGAUGUGGGGGCACAGGUCUGGUUUAAGGGAUGUGAGGCCAUAAGCCUGGCUUAACUGAUGUGAGGCCAUAAGCCUGGCUUAACUGAUGUGAGACCACAGACCUGGUUUAAGUGACGUGGGGCCAUAAGCCUGGUUUAACUGAUGUGAGACCACAGACCUGGUUUAAGUGAUGUGGGGCCAUAAGCCUGGUUUAAGUGAUGUCAUAAGCCUGGUUUAAGUGAUGUGGGGCCAUAAGCCUGGUUUAAGUGAUGUCAUAAGCCUGGUUUAAGUGAUGUGGGGGCACAGGUCUGGUUUAAGGGAUGUGAGGCCAUAAGCCUGGCUUAACUGAUGUGAGACCACAGACCUGGUUUAAGUGAUGUGGGGCCAUAAGCCUGGUUUAAGUGAUGUCAUAAGCCUGGUUUAAGUGAUGUGGGGCCAUAAGCCUGGUUUAAGUGAUGUCAUAAGCCUGGUUUAAGUGAUGUGGGGGCACAGGUCUGGUUUAAGGGAUUUGAGGCCAUAAGCCUGGUUUAACUGAUGUGAGACCACAGACCUGGUUUAAGUGAUGUGGGGCCAUAAGCCUGGUUUAAGUGAUGUCAUAAGCCUGGUUUAAGUGAUGUGGGGCCAUAAGCCUGGUUUAACUGAUGUGAGACCACAGACCUGGUUUAAGUGAUGUGGGGCCAUAAGCCUGGUUUAACUGAUGUCAUAAGCCUGGUUUAAGUGAUGUGGGGCCAUAAGCCUGGUUUAAAUGCUGUGAGACCACAGACCUGGUUUAAGUGAUGAUGCCAAAGAUCUGGAGGGUUUGUGAUGGGCCAAAUUAAAGCCUCAAUUGUUUGACUUCA